AUGGGUCAAAGGCUCGCGCGUCGCUCGGAUCUUUUCCGCAAACGACUUGACGAAUUGAAGAACUUCUUCAACUUCUUCAACUUCUUCAACGACUACUCGCUCAACCACAUCGCCGAGUUCAUUACAACUCCUCGCUUUGACGACCCAACCUUCCUUACCACAGUUGCUAUUGUAGUCGCCUCCAUCGUCGCGACCAUGUCUUGGUUCUCUCGCACCGGCGGAAACUGGGGCGGCCGCUUCUCGCCGUUCGGGCGCCCAGGCAACUCGCCAAAUGCUGGUGUUGUGAACGACUCGGACUUUUCAUACAUCACGAAUGAGGACUUGCGGAGAAACGGCCAAGCGCAAGCCCCCGAGAUCGUGGACUGGGACGACAAGAACCCGGAGCGAGAGACGGAUGUUCUCAUCUUCAAGAACGGGCGCACAAACUACCCCACACAUUUCCCUGCGCAUAGCAUACGUGAUGGAGAUUUGAAGAUUGGCACGGUGCGACAGGCCGCGGCAAAGAAGUUGGGUGUGGACGACCACCGGCGGAUACGCAUGUUUUACAAGGGCAGAAAUCUGAAGCACGACGAGCGGACAGCGCGAGAAGAGGGACUACGCGGCGAUGGGUCCGGUAGUGAGAUUCUGGUCACUGUCGGCGAGACACCAGUGGGUGGACACGCACCCGGAUCCGAGAACGCAUCACAGCGCGCCUACAGCGACGGAGAAGACGGGGAGGAUGACGACGAUGACGACGUCGACUCGGGCGCAAACAACACAGGCAAAAAGAAGUCCCGCAAGCGCGGCGGCAGGAAGAGCAAGAAGAAGGGACCUGCAUCUGGACACGCGUCCGGAACGUCGACACCGGGCUACACCACCGCUGGUGCUGGUGCCGAAUACCUCCCCAUCCCCUCGCACAUCAACGCUGGACCCCGCCCCAACUCUGCGCCUCCCCCAGGUGCCGCCAAAGCUCCCGAGCCCCAGACUGCCAUGGGCAAACUCGAUGCCAUCGCCAGCAAAUUUCACACCGAGUUCGUGCCCAUGUGCGUACAAUUUAUGGCUAGCCCACCAGCGGACAAGGCCAAGAGGACGUUUGAGUACAAGAAGUUGAGUGAGACCAUCUUGACACAGAUUAUCUUCAAGCUAGACGGCGUGGAGACAGAGGGCGAUCAGGAUGCUAGGUUGAAGCGCAAGGCGCUCGUCAAGGAAGUCCAGGGCAUGUUGAAUAAACUGGAUGAGGUUGGCAAGGCUGGCUAG